GGCGAGGGCUCGCAAAGGAUGCGCCGCCCAUCCCCAGCCGCAGGGAGCCGGCCGGGGCGAUGUGGCUGUGGCUGGCUGAGCGCUCCGCAGCCCCCGCGCUCCCAGAGCCACCUUUGGGGGAGGCGCCAGGUGCCUGAACUUCGCUGUCACCUCGUCCCGCUUCCUUAUAAAUUCGGGUCAGCGCUGGCGGAGGCAGCAGAGGCGGCAGCAGCACCUGGACCCGCAGAUCCAGAGCAGCGGAUUCCCUCCGUCUAGCCAGGAGCCGGACUCGCCCGUGCAGCGCCGCGCACCAUGGGGGGCUGCGAAUUCCUCCUCUUCGGGAAGCCCCGCUCCCUCCUCUCGCUGGGCCUCUUCGCCCUGGUCCUGCUCGAGGUGCACUGGGGCGUCGCGGCUCCCUUGCAGUCCAACGGCGGAGCCUCCCCUCUGACCAAGAUCUACCCCAGGGGCAGCCACUGGGCGGUGGGACAUUUAAUGGGGAAAAAGAGCACUGGAGAUUUUCCCUAUGUUUAUGAAGAAGAAAACAAGAUCCCAUUUUCAGCAUUACCUGAAAAUGUCAAGCAGCUGGAAGAUUACCUGCAAUGGGAAGAAACGUUGAAGAAUUUGCUAAGGCUGUUAGAAGGAAAUGAAAACAGAAGCGCUCAGAUCCUAAGGGAAGAGCUUCCAUGGUAUACCAAGAACACUUGGGAGACAGAUGAUGACAGCAGCUUUAAAGAUGUAAGUUUAAAACAAGAAGAUGAUGGAUUAUCUGAUUCAAGUUAUGAAUAGGAAAGAAAGCACUCCAAGCUGAAGUGAAGAUCUUCCAACCUUGAAGAAUAGAAUAGUAUUCUUAAGAGACUGUUUCACAAGCACUCAAUUGUAACAGCUAACCAACAAGGUUUUUUUUGUGUAAACAAGAUUACUUUUGUGUAAAAUACCUAAACACUUGUAUUCUUGUAUGUUCCAACAUUGACUAAACUCUUCUUUUUUUUUUUUUCUUCAAGCUGCAUUUUCUUAUUUGAACUGCUUUGCUGUAAACAAUUGUUCAGGAAGGGUCUUCCAGUUAUCUGACUUCUCUGUCUAAUCAGUUCAUCUUUAGGUUAAAACUACAUGACAUUUCAACAUUCACAAUAAAGAAGAAGAAGAAAGGCCAA